CUAAUUGAUGAGCACAUGGCGACUAACCCGAGUUGACAGCCACACAAAGCCACAUUUACAAACAGAGCAUUUUCAACACAAACGUAUAAGCAGCCUUUAUGUUUAUUUUCAGCGCUUCGCUUCAAAGUAGGACACAAGUUAAAAUAUCUUUGACGUUGAUGGAAUGUUAGCGAUUAACGUAGACAGUCACAUUUAGUUGCAUCUAAAAACAACUAAGUGGACAUGUUUAGAUUUAGAUUACCUUUAACUCCCGACACGCUUCGAUGUGUGUUGACGGUCACUACGGUGGGCGGAGCUAGCCCUCUCACCCCUUUGAGCAUCGUCGAUGACAAACUUGCAGUUUAACGAAGAGAUGAUUAAAUAUGACAUCAAUGUGGUGUACAGUGUUGGGGUUUCUUUAAAAAAAACAUCUAUUGAAAGCAUGAGUCAGCAGGUGGCAGCACUGCCACAGAUGAAAAGCGUUCAGUUUUCUAACUGAGCGACAUGACUUUGAAAAAAAGAUGAAAUCCCACAACUUAAAUUAAUAUUAUAUUUGCAUUGCGGGUUAAGUUAUUACGAAAAAUGCGACCGAUUAAAACAGUUAUUUCAGAAACACUAUUAUUGUGAAGUUCUUUACGGGAAGUGGCGUUUCAGUUAGCAUGCUACUAGCGACUCGUCACAAACUGGUGCUUGCGGUUACUGUACGUUUAUCUAAAGUUAAGACUUUGGCACAAGUCCUCUCGUUAUUAGUGAGCGCGUUCUUCCUUUCAUGCUUUCAUUAAUUAAGGUAGUUUUAUCCAUGCUGAAGACUCCAUAGAGAGGUGCCGUAAAGCCGCUGUGUGUGUCGCAAAAAACAAUAGCUGGGGUGAGGCGUCAGAGUCCACCCACACUGUGAUGAUGUCAUCAGGUGAGCCAGUUUCCUGUGCGAGAGGUGACCAGCACCGAGCUGCCUCGAGCCAACAUGUCAGCCGUCACUGCAACAUCAAGUACUGCAGCAGGUGACAGUGUCGCUCUGCAACCGGCUUCCUGUUCCCCUGACACGUCGUGUAUGACAGAAUGUGAGGAAGACUCUUCAUCGCGAGGGGGCUGCGUCGCCACAUCAACGAGGGACAUUGACUCUGCAGAGGAAGAGGAGCGAGAAGAAGACAAGGAGGAAGAGGACACAGGAGGAGGAGGUGGAGGGGUGGAGGAGGAGAAUCCGUCCAAAGCGGCAGCAGAGCGUCCCAGCACGCUGCCACUCGCAACACCUUGCGGCAUGAAGAAGAAGAAAGUCCUCGCAGCUCCGCCCCUCAGCGUGUCCUUAGGACGCAGCGAGUCGGGCGACUUCCACUCUGCGUUCCUGUCACCGUCUACCGGGGACCAAGACGAUGCCGGGCUGGACUUUGACCUGGACGCUAUGGAGACGCCGUCAGACAGCGAGUCCCUCCGCUUCCCUGUCGACUACUUGGAUGUAGAAGAGGGUGGCGGCGUGGCGCUAUCCUCUCGGACCGGGUCUUUGCUGGACUCUGAGCAGGGCGGACUAGGGGUGCUGGAGCGUGAGGACGUGGUGGACAGCCAGGGCACCAGGUGGCGCUCUUUUUCUACGGGUGAGCCCCCUCAGGAGAGCCACGUCAACAUGAGCGUCCUGGAGCCCUUCCUCAGGGUUCUCUCACACGGAGGUUACUAUGGAGACGGGAUGAAUGACAUCAUUGUGUUUUCCUCCUGUUACCUGCCGGAGAACAGUCUGGAAAAUUACCAGUACGUGAUGGACAACCUCUUCAGGUACCUGGUGGGAACGUUGGAGCUGAUGGUGUCAGAGAACUACGUGAUAGUUUAUCUUUGUGCUGGAGGACAGAAGGACAAACUUCCAGGGAUCGGCUGGCUGAAGGAAUGCUACCACACCAUCGCUUGGAGGUUGAGGAAGAACCUGAAAGGAAUGUACGUGGUUCAUCCGACUUGGUCCAUCAAAGCGCUCAUCACUAUCAUCAAACCCUUCAUCAGUUCAAAGUUCAGCAGGAAGCUUCGCUUCGUCAGCAGCCUGCAGGAGCUGGCCUCCUUGCUCCCUACUGAGCAUGUGCAGAUUCCAGACUGCGUCAGACUGUACGACCGCAGCUUGUCCACCUGAGAGAGAUUUUCUAGUCCAGGCAAGAUGGCGGCUGUGUUUUCCCCGAUAACACCUUCAUGAAGAGAGUUUUGUGUUAUAAAACCGUUGCAAAUAAAAGUGUUGCA